AUGGCGUCUGUCGUGACCCUUAACGGCAUGGACGUGUCCGCUCUAGACGAGCGCGAGUACGAGAGCUUCACUCUCUGCAACUCUCUGCAAGUUUUGGUCAUUUCAGACCCCAAAACAGAGAAAUCUGCGGCCGCCAUGGACGUUCAUGUGGGUCACCAGAGCGAUCCGGAGGAGCUCCCAGGACUUGCCCACUUCCUAGAGCACAUGCUGUUCCUCGGCACAGCCAAGUACCCGGACGAGAACAGCUACAAGAAGUUUCUAAGCUCUCACAGUGGCCGAAGCAACGCGUCGACGUCUCAAAUGCACACUAAUUUCUACUUUGACGUGCUCAGCGAGCAUCUCCACGAAGCGCUGGACCGUUUCUCGCAGUUCUUCAUCGCCCCACUGUUCACGCCUGGAGCCACACAGCGUGAGAUGAACGCUGUCAACUCGGAGAACGCCAAGAACCUGCAAAACGACCACCGACGACUAUAUCAGUUGCAGAAAUCGCUGUCCAAUCCGGAUCACCCGUUCCACAAGUUCGGUACGGGGAAUCUAGAGACUCUGGGCAAGAUCCCAAGCGAAAAAGGGAUCGAUGUCCGAGCAGCGUUGCUGGACUUCCAUGCCACGUACUACUCGGCCAGCAUCAUGAAGCUCGUGAUCUGUGGCAAGGAGAGUUUAUCAACUCUGAAAGGCUGGGCAGAGGAGCUGUUCUCUGAAAUUAAAAACACAGGUCGAACCUUCCCGACGUUCGGAGAUGCAGUGCCAUUUGACGAGUCCAGACUCGCUCGUGUGGUGCAUGUAGCUCCUGUGAAAGACCUUCGUGUCAUUGACAUCUCGUGGCCGCUACCGUCGCUACAUUGGGACUUUUUGACAAAACCCACGAAGAUCUUGUCGCAUUUAAUGGGUCAUGAAGGCCCGGGCUCGAUUCUGAGCUACUUGAAGGCUCAAAAGUGGGCAAAUGCGCUCUCUGCUGGACUCUUCCGUGACAACGAAGACUGGGGGCUAUUCUGCGUCAAAGUCGACGUGACAGAUGCAGGCAUCGAGCAUGUAAAUGACGUCGUUGAAGCGGUGUAUCAGUACAUCCAGACGCUGCAGCAAGAAGCUCCUUUUGAGCCCUGGAUCUUCCACGAGACACAAGAUCUAGCACUGCAAAACUUCCGCUUCAAGAGCAAAGAGAGUCCCAUCAACUACACGAGCCACUUAGCGAACGUCAUGCAUCGCUAUCCACCCAAGUACAUCCUUUCCGGUGGCUACCUUCUGUAUGAAUACGAUGGUGAUAAAGUCCAAAAGAUACUGGACCUACUUACUCCGCAACGCAUGCGUCUUACCGUAGUAAGCAAGACGUUUGAAGGCAAGACUCAGUGUGUGGAGAAAUGGUACCAGACUCCGUACUCAGAGGGCUCUAUCGAUGCUGAGUUGCUUCAGCGCUGGACGUCGCCUGCACUCAACGUGGCACUGAAGCUCCCUCAUCGCAACGAGUUCAUCUGCAGUGACUUCCGUAUUGUGACUCCUCCUCGCUCAGCUAUUGGUGACGAUACGACUGUGUCUCCUCCGAUACUACUACAACACGAUGAACAGUGCCGUCUUUGGUACAAACCGGACAUUCAGUUCCGCAAACCCAAGAUGAUGAUGCACUUCCUGUUCUACUCGCCUUCUCUAUCGACCACUCCAUACCACGCAGUCCUCACGAGUUUAUUCGUACGGUUUCUGAAGGACAAACUGACGGAGGUGUCUUACGAUGCUGAGCUCGCUGGGAUGGAGUACGAGAUCGGCUUUAACUCCCGUGCUUUGGAGCUGCAUGUCGGGGGAUAUUCCCACAAAUUACCCACGUUGUUGUUCAAGGUCCUCCAGCAAAUGUUAGAGAUGACAAGAGCCGAGUACAAGUACGAAGACGCGGUCUUUGAGCGUGUGAAAGACCGUACGAAACGGAUGUACGAGAACUACUUCCUGGAAGAACCGUACCAACACGCUGUUCACGUCGGUAGCCAGCUGCUGGAGGUCUCGAAGUGGAGCGUGGACGACAAGAUCCGUGCUAUCGAACACCUCACAUUGUGUGAUCUAGCGUCUCACAGUCAGUUCGUCUUCCAGCAAGUGUUCGUUGAGGGAUUCUUGUACGGGAAUCUGCAACAAAACGCCGCUCCAGCAUUGAUGCAACAAGUGUUGCAGCAGUUUAACUUCGGGAAAAGAAAAGGCAGUUUCCCUCUAUUUGCCAGUCAAGUGACCAAGCCGCGGGUCGUCCAACUCGCCGAUGCCGAGGCGUAUCGCUUCCAACGUCGAGAAUGGAACGAAGCCAACCUCAACUCGGCGAUCUGCACUUUGUACCAACUAGACUGCGAGACGGACGGCAGUACGAUGUCUCUACGUGCGCGUCUCGAGCUCUUUGCGCACAUUUUCAAAGAACCUUGUUUCAAUCAGCUUCGCACUCAGGAACAGCUCGGGUAUCUCGUCUUCUCGGGGAUUCUACGCAUCGAGGGCGUCGACUACUUCCGUAUCCUGAUUCAAUCGGACGUGGCGUCUCCACAGCUUCUGGACCAACGUAUCGAGUUGUUUGUGGCUCGAUUCCGAUCGAUCAUUGCGGAAAUGUCGUUAGAAACGUGGCAGAAACAAGUGAACGCUGUUGUGAAGGCCUUGUUGGAGAAACCCAAGCACGAGAUGGAGGAAUCCAUGCGUGCGUGGCGUGAGAUCGCCAACGAGACGUUCGUGUUCGACCGUCGACAGCGCGUGGCUGCGGUGGUGUCGACUCUACAGCCUCGUGACCUCGUGUCGUUCUUCGACUCGUUCAUCGCUGUUAACGGCGAGCGACGGAGCAAGCUCAGCAUCUGUCUGUAUGGGGCUAAGCACCCAUUCCCGGUGCUGGUAGGGGGCGCGAGCUCGCGUUCUACCGUCACGUCCACCGGUCUGACUGCGGCGAUGCUGUUGCAGCACCAGGUGGAGACGGAGAGGAGUCAUCAGGUCAAGGUGAUCGACGACGUCGCUGUGUUUAAGCAGCAGAUGCCGCUGUUCCCGGAGCGAGCCACCAACAAACCCACCGCCGCUAGACUGUAG